AUGCCUCUCGUUUCACGCUCUGAUUCGGCCAGCUUUGGGUUCGAAAACCGUUUUAGCCUCUCUGUCGACUGUAAAGCCGGAUCUGAUGGUGUUCUUACAUUGUCUCUCCCCGAAUCCACCGUUUCAGCUCAUCAAUCUAUUCCUGGUGGUGGUUUCCCAACCUCACCAGGAGCUGGGAAUGGCAACUCCAAUGCCGGACUAGGUCCACCAGGUGGUGCCCCAGGCCCGAGCAAUGGUCCCUUACCAGGAAACACAGCAGGCUCAGGGAACGGUCAAGGCAGUCCUUCAGGAGGUACAGGUCCCGGAGGAGGUGGUGGCAAUGGUGGAACUGAACCGUCAGACCCCAACGCGGAUUGUGAAGAAAACAAUUCCAAUAACGGCCCUUCACAAUCUGGCAACAAUGAUGGCCAAUACACGCCUGACCCGGCUCCGGUUCCUGCCAGCCCUCCUGCCAACAUCAAUCCCCAGACAGAUGGCCAGUCCAACGGCCCUCCUGCGCCAGAACCAGAUGCUGCUAUUGGUAACAGUUCGUCUGACGAUCCCAAUCAGGGCAACACAGGACAACCACAGGCACAGCCCGCUCCUGCUCCUUCAAACCCGGCUGGAGGUGACGGGGCGCCAAAUAAAGAUGGAACUGGCGGACCGGGAGAGGAUUGCGAUGAGAACGCUCCUGGAAACAAUGCUGCUCCAGCCCCUCCAAAUACUGGCGGUUCAGUUGGCUGCUCUAUUGAUAUUAACAAUCCAGCAUGCGCCAACCAGAAUCAACUUCCUCCUGGGCCUCCAGCACCACAACCUCCAGCACCCCAACCUCCUGCACCUCAAAUACCAGCGCCAGCGCCGGGUUCUCCCGCUCCUCAAGGACCCCCUCCUGGCCCUGCUCCUGCUCCUGCUCCUGCUCCUUCUGGAGAUAAACCUCCUUGUAUUGCGGAAGACGGCAUACCAGACUGCCCUGCCUCUCAUCAGCCCCCAAAUGGCGAUGGGAGUGGUGGAAAUGCGUGCUCGGACCCCAACUCAAACACUGGCUGUGGCUCUUUUGAGCCUUCCUCACCUCAGCCGCCCCCUCAGACAGCACCCCCUGCUGUUCCAAAUAGUUGCACCGGGGACGAAAAUUCACCUUGUCACGAUGGAGGUGACAGCGGAUCUGAUACAGGAUCUAGAAGUAUACCUGCGAACCGUCCGUCGCCCAAUAGCCCUGGCGCACCUCCUCCCCAUGUAGUGCCUGCACCUGAUGCCCCCCCUUUUCAACCAAACACAAAUGGUAAUCCUGACGACGAGGCCUCUUGUGCUGGAAUGCCUGGCCCUUGUCCCGCAAACGGUGGCCCAGGAACCCCAGCGCCAGCCAAUCCUCCAUCUCCUGCAUCUCCGCCUUCAACUCCUCCAGAAGGUCAGGUCCCUAACGGUUCCCAAGAUAAUGAUGGUACUGGACAGGAGAGCCCCGGUAAAGGAAGUGGCAAUGGUGAUGGCGUCAAAGGGAGCAGUGAUCUCGGACCCCAAGCACCAGAAAUCACAGCACCACCUUCGCAACCCGCUCUGCCUGCACCAGCAGUUCCAGCCCAGCUUCCAGGACCUCCUGCCCAACCAGGACCCCCUCAACCUACUGGUCGCAACGGUGUUGGCGGCGCUCACGAGGGACCUCAAGUCAUCACAGUAAUUAUACCAACGCAAGUAGAGAGCACAGCAACAAAGGUCAUGACAGUCUAG